GGAAAAAUGUUCAGCAGCUCCACUGAAGGGAGGACACGAGGACAUGUUUGAUCAGUAAUAAGAGUAUAAUAAACGCAUUUCUGGCAACUUUUCUGAUCAGUGCCUAAAUUGAUCAGAGUCUACGCUUCGAGGAAUGAACCACCUCUAAAGAAGGGAAGUGGCAUUUUAUAAAGUGUGAUAAAGUUCAAUGCUCUAAACUAUGUGCUCUGUAAACUGUCUGCUGUGAAUAUUUCCUGUAAAUGCGUCACUGAGAUGCUGAAAUGUGACCCCUUUAACGGGACAGUAAUGUAAGUACUGUUAGGUCUAUCUAUUGCUUAACGUUAGAAGCAUCGAUUUUUACACUAUAAGAUAGUUAUCAUAUAGCUUAUCAGAGUGGGAUGUGCUGUAGACAUUUGUCGAAGAAAGAUGUUUUACCUCCCACCUAAUAAUCCUGUGCUGGUGUCUUGGUUUGGCCCACUGCAGAGGAGGAGGAGGGUGGGGUGGGGGAGCUGCUGCAGCACUGCAGAGAAGGAAGAAUCCAGACUGGUCUGGGAUCUGCAUAUAUAGGACCAUUUAGGUGGAACUGGAGCCCUGUUUUUCUGCUUUUUGGAGCCUUGUGCCCUUGGAAGAAAGCAGCUGAAAGGAUGAGGUUGCUGAAAGGACAGCUUGCUGCAGUGAACCUGCUUGUGUGGAAUGUUGCUUUGGCAGUUCUAAUCAGCCCUGUUUUAUGUGAUGAUGACGAUGAUGACGACGAUAGUGAUGACACAAUGACCGUGUGCCAAGAGGAAGAUAAAGACCUGAGAGUGACCUGCCCCCUGCGGCCCAAGCCAAACUACCACACCGAGUAUGAGUUCUCCAUGUCCAAGGGCAGCAAAGAGAUCAUCAUCAACACCAACGUGUCUGGGACGAUGCCUGAGCCCAAGUUCAGGCAUAAUACCCGUGUGGAACAGCUGGAGCCAUAUGGAUUCCGAUUGACCAUGAUGAGGUUCACCCUGACAGAGAACACGACCUUUAUGUGCAAAGUGACCAAGGCUGAGAUGAGGCUGUUUGUUGAAUUAGAUUCCCUGCAGCCCUGCUCUGCCAUCAGUCUUUUUCUCCAGAGUUAUCCGUGGCUGCUGACUCUGCUGCUUCCCUUCGGCAUCAUUCAGCUAAUGGAGGCCCUUUAAGAAAAAACUUGAAUCACAGUUUCUUCUCUGCCAGCAUAUCAAUGUUGCGUCAGUGAUGAAAGUAGUAAGAAAUGAAAAAAGGGCGUGUUCUUAUAUAUCUCUGUAAUUCUGCAGCACUGUUUUAGAUAUGCUGCCUUUCUUAUGUAUGUGCUAUACUGUACAGUAAGUGCCAAUAGCUGCCUCUAUGAUGGUAUCUGUUGUUACGCUUGUUGCUUUACCAUGCGGCUCAAAACCUGCUAAGUCUGCAUAAAAUGAUCUUGUUUGUAGUUCGUACAUCAGAUUGGAUAGUAGCAGCCUUUAUUUGGUAUACAAUUAACAGCCUUUAGACUGCAUAAAGUCAACAUUACAUCAGGACAGGUCAUGCAAACACUCAUGUUAUAAGCCAGUGUAGUUUUGUGGAUGGAUAAGAUUAUGGAACAUGAUUUCUGUAAGUGUGCUGUAAGAGUUUCUCAGUCAAAGUGUCUUUUUCCUCAGCACCUUAUGCUCACUCUAUUUGUAGUGUGUAUGCCUACUGCUUUUUUAUGACUUUCAUAGAAACGAAAGCAAGUUGGUACUAUUUUAUGGGCUUAGUAGAAAGUAAGAAACAGGACAGAUAUCAUAUUUACAUGAGCUAUCAUUAGCCCAGGUAUACUUAGGUCUGUCAUACUGAAUGUGUUAAAUAGUUAACCAGCCAAAUGGACAUGAAAUAAAUCACUGCUCAGCCUGUGCCCUGUUAGCAACACAGUAGCUAGAAAACUUUUUCAGUCUGCUAAAAUUCAAUUUAAUGCUUGCAUACACAGUAGCUCACAGGUCUAUUGCACUGCACUUUUGCUGCUAUUAUAAUAUGCUUGUAGUGUUCUAAUAAAAAAGGUAUAAACACA